UUGGACAGACUGAACACAGCUGCUGUCAUACUGAAAACAUUAACAUACAUAAAGCGUUUCUUCUCGUUUUUCUGUGGACACUCUGCGUUUCAGCGCAGCAAUCAACGUUUCACCUGACGUUAGUGUACAUGAGAGUCGCAGCCCUGCAUUCCAAAAAGGAAGACGAGUAUUUCACCAUGAGCUCAGACGAUGGUGACAUGGAGAACCAGGCUGAGCUGGAAGAGAAGACGAGGCUCAUCAACCAGGUGUUGGAGCUUCAGCACACUUUAGAGGACCUGUCUGCCCGCGUGGACGCCGUCAAAGAGGAGAACCUGAAGCUGAAGUCGGAGAACCAGGUUCUGGGUCAGUACAUCGAGAACCUCAUGUCUGCCUCCAGCGUCUUCCAGACCACUGACACCAAGAGCAAACGAAAGUAAGGAGAACUUCGGAGAACCUCCAUCUAGAAGAUAGAACAAACCCCCCCCCCCCCCCCCCCCCCCAUAUCCCUCACACACACACACACACAUUACAUAACAUCAACCGUCCUGGAAUACUGGAAUUAGAAAGAUGGGUAUUCGUUCUCAUACUUGCACUGUUCUGUAACAUGUACACUAGGGGGCAGUAUUGUAUUUCUAAAAUCAGAAUGUAGAGGAAUGAACACAAAAGAAAGCUGAAACUUUUUUUCAGUCCUGGACUAACUUGUCAGGAAACAUUUCCUCAUUUUAUUUGAUUAACACCAUUUUAUUAAGCUCAACUAAUCUGCGGAUAUGCACAAUGGGUUUUUGAAUGUUAGGUGAACACAUGGUGGCAGAUUUGGCGACUUUCAAACCUUUUCCUCUGUGCGUUUACAUGUAUCCUUUCAAAAAACAUGUCGUAGACUUCAGUUAGCCGAAACUCAGAUCCUCAGCUGUUCAUCUCUCAACCCAAACAUCAAGAGUCCCAGCACCCUGCCUGCUAAUUAACUACGGCUUCAUAUGGAGCCAGUGUCCCAAACCAUCAACAGAUAGCAGCUGUCAGUUCUGUUAUGUAAUGUGGAUAUGGAUGUUAUACUAGUAAGGUUAGCAUUAGUGACAAUGCCUGACAAGCAGCUUUUAACCACACCGUAACAUUUCCACCAUCUUAUUAAAAUCCAGUGCUCUGAACAGAUAAGAUGCUAAUAGCUAAUCAUGCGCUCUAACAGGAAGUUGUCCUUUUUUGGGGAUAUUGAAACAUUUCCAUGCCUUAACUUUGCAAUGUGUGCUGUUAAAGGAUAAAUCCACACGUUUUCAAAUCUGUCCUUAAACUAUAAUCACAUUCCUGUAUGAAGACCGAAGCAGUUUUUUGAUUGCUUUAAUCGUUUCUUCAGUUCAAACCAGCCAUUAAGGCUCCAGUGCAGGCAUUCCCAAACUAUUCCAUAAAGGGCCGUGUGCCAGCAGUUUUUUUGUUCCAACCAAUCAAGAGCACACAAUUUGACCAAUCAGCUGUCUGAAGACUGAGAGCACUUGAUUAAAUGAGUCAAGCCUGGUGUGCUCCUGCUUGGUUGGAAUGAAAACCUGCAGACAACCUUUAUGGAAUAGUUCGGAUACCUCUGCUACUGUGGAAGUGAUACAAAAUACACAGCUGCAAAAACGAUUCCAAAGUUUACCUGAAGUGAAAAUGAGCUUUCAGCAGGGUUAGUUUUUCAAAAUAAAACUCAAUUGUCAGAAUGACUCUUUAGCAAGCAAACCUGUUUCAACGUACAAAACAGCACCUGACUAUUGUUUGAAGGUUGUUGCUCUUCCUAUCAGCUAAUAAUUCGGGUUUGUUUUCUACCCCCCACCCACCCAUCCACCCACGUUCACACGCAUGACUUGGAAACCUGUCUAAUCAUUACUAUGGAAAUAUUUUUUAUUUGAAUGUCAAUGUGCAGAUCGUGUUGAGAUUUUAUCAAAGGCGUGUUUGUCAGAUGUUCAUUGGCUCACACAGACAUUUGAAACUGGAGAUGUUGGAUUUCCUCUAAGACCCUCCCCACCCCCUCACCUGUUUCCCUCCGUCCCUCCCUCCCUCCCUCCCUCCUCCCGCACUGAAGAAAAAAACUCAGAAGCAACCAACCCUGUUCAGAUUUUUAUAGAGUUCAAGCUUUUAUGUUAAACUUCACUUUCCUCCAGCUCUAGUUUGGUCGCACGUUCCAGCAAACGCAAUUUUUAAGUGUUUGCUGGUGGGAAGCCGGUCAGGGAUCUUGAAUUGGGCUGCUCCAAAUUGGGGAGAAAAAGUGAGAAAAGAAAAAUUCCUUUUGUUAUUUAUUACAUUUUUCUGCCAUUGCCAUGGGUACAGUAGGUUUUAAACUUUGUAUUUUUGUGUUACUGCUUACAAGCUCUCUGUAGAGAGCCAGGUCUAAACUGCUCAGUGUUACUAUUUUGUUGCUGCUUUUUGAGUUACACUAUUUAACAGUGACCGUCACUGUUAGCGUUUAAAGCCACGACCAUCAUGUGUCUUUUAUUUUGAAAUGAGUCAAAGUCCAGUUUUAGCCUGUCAGUUACUCAGUGAUGCUUAUUGUAUUUUAAUGCGUAAAUGUUAAAGAAGCAUUAUUAUGAAAUCUGAAAUAUCUUCAACCCUGUUGCAUUUGUACAUUGUUUACAUAUUAUUGUUUUAUGUUGCUAUUUGAAAAUGAAUUUUGGUUUAA